AUGCUGUUGAAUCUUGGCCUCACAGCGGACGCCGCAGCAGCCCAUGCAAAUGAACCUGGUCAUCAAUCAGAACCCCAGCCUUCUACGUGUUCUACCUACUCGCCUACCUUUUUACUGUCAUCUUUACCAUUAUUACACACCUUCUACAGUUCUCCCAGGCUCUCUGAUGGUUCUACUGAUCGUACAGGGCUUGUAUCAGCAAUGAUGAGUCCGAUUGAGUCGGCCUCCGACUCGGGUGAAGCUUCCACCAAAUCGGCUCCUGUUGUCGCCAGGCCCCGGGUCUCCCGUUCAACUACAGGUCGGAAGUCUCGACCCAAGACAUCAUAUCAGUUCGCCCAUCCCGCAACUCACGCUCACCACAAGCGGUUGAGACUUCGUCCUAAGCUCCUUCUACAGCUACAACAGGUGUCACAAGCCCCUCGGCCACUACCUGUGGUUGAUAUCUUGCCAUCGACGUCUUACCGGCCACUAUUCGCUCACAGGUUCCCGGCUAUUUAUCGGCCCAGAAAUGGAUUGGGUCCAUAUGACCUCAUCGUGGUGUUGAGCGAACAAUAUGACCGGACGGUGGACAGCAUUCCUGAAAAACGUGUCAGCUCGGAGGAUGAAGACGAGGAUCAUCGUGAGGUAGUGGCCACGAUCUGUCAAAAACAUGAAGAAGAUGCUCGAUUGAAAGGAAAGGCGGACAUAUGUAUGAACUUUGGGCCUGUCUGGGAAGCUUCGCCUCUCCCAAGUGGGUCUUACGAGUUUGUCGCUCAAACGGAUAGCGGCGUGCAAAUCGUGCGAUGGGCUUUGCGUGGUGGGAGGAAUCGACGGAUGAGUGCGCCCAUCGGGACACAAUUGCGUGAGGAUGGCAAACGCUUCACUUUCAGCGUCAUCGAUCCUACUACUCGCCGGCAUCCCGUUCUUGCAUCCAUGACUCGAAAUCAAUUAGAAGUCAAUGAUGAAUAUUCCACGGCUGUUCGGUCUGGCACCGGUCCCACGACUCCAAGCUCAGGAAUGUCAGUCGUGAGUGAUGCCUCGGAUGCAGAAAUUCCCCUUGAUGAGAGCUUAGUCACUCUUGAUGAUGGAAUGCGAACUUUGAUUAUCAUGACCGGCAUCUGGGUCGCCUUUCGUGAGGGGUGGUCAGACAACUUCCGAUACGGUGACCCAGUGUCUUCGUCCGGUGCAAAGUCGACCGUGUCUCCGACCUCUGUAAAAUAUGCAUCUCCGACGACCGCCAAGAAUGAAACUCAUCCUUUCCCUUAUAUCGAUGAAGGUGGUAAACGGUGCAUGUCGUUUUCCACUGUACGCCGUUCCACCACCCCAGGCAUGGAUGGAAAACAAUCCAGCAGUUUUUCCAAGCGCUCCAACUCCACCGGUGCUGCAUUCAUGGAUCGAGCGAAACAACGAUCCGCGUCUGGGCUUAGCACUCGACUGAACCGACAUAGCAUGUUCACCACCUCGGGCGAGAACGGUCGCGAUAUCGUUGUCUCUCGUCCUCCUUCUCCUCAACAAUAUUCCGCUGAUAUGGAGGAUAUAUCCCGAAUUGCUCAGUCUAAAGCAACAGAAAGGGAAAACGGCAAAUCAAACACGGGGGUAGAUCGAGGUCCUCCUGCCUCAAAUUCCCGCAUCGCACAGCAUAACAGCACCCACAAAAAGAGGCCGGAGUCUUCACUCCCCGAAGCUCUCAACUCAACCCCCAACAAGGGCAAAAUGCGCCACCGCCUCAGUACUUUCUUUGGCAUUUUUCAUCGAAAACACGAUACUCAUUGA